AUGACCCCUCAGGCCCUGAAGAGGACCACGUGGACGGUGGGGCUCGGCCGUGCCCGCCGCGCGCUGCCGUCGCUGUGCGGCACGGAGCUGCGGCGGGGCGCGCCGAUCCGCCGGCUGGAGCUGUGGCGGGGCGCGCCGAUCCGCCGGCCGGAGCUGCGCCGACCGGAGCUGUGGCGGGGCGCGCUGAUCCGCCGGCCGGAGCUGCGCCGACCGGAGCUGUGGCGGGGCGCGCCGAUCCGCCGGCUGGAGCUGUGGCGGGGCGCGCCGAUCCGCCGGCUGGAGCUGUGGCGGGGCGCGCCGAUCCGCCGGCCGGAGCUGUGGCGGGGCGCGCCGAUCCGCCGGCUGGAGCUGUGGCGGGGCGCGCCGAUCCGCCGGCCGGAGUUGCGCCGACCGGAGCUGUGGCGGGGCACGCCGAUCCGCCGGCUGGAGCUGUGGCGGGGCGCGCCGAUCCGCCGGCUGGAGCUGUGGCGGGGCGCGCCGAUCCGCCGGCCGGAGCUGCGCCGACCGGAGCUGUGGCGGGGCGCGCCGAUCCACCGGCUGGAGCUGUGGCGGGGCGCGCCGAUCCGCCGGCUGGAGCUGUGGCGGGGCGCGCCGAUCCGCCGGCCGGAGCUGCGCCGACCGGAGCUGUGGCGGGGCGCGCCGAUCCGCCGGCUGAAGCUGUGGCGGGGCGCGCCGAUCCGCCGGCCGGAGCUGCGCCGACCGGAGCUGUGGCGGGGCGCGCCGAUCCGCCGGCUGGAGCUGUGGCGGGGCGCGCCGAUCCGCCGACCGGAGCUGCAGCGGGGAGCGCCGAUCCACCGGCUGAAGCUGUGGCGGGGCGCGCUGAGACGUCGGCUGGAGCUGGCACAAGCUGUGCUAUGCAGAGUUCGGGCCACCUUGCGUCGGAAGUCCAGCAGAGACAUUCCGCCGUGCUCAUCUAGCCGGUGCAACACCCAUGCAUUGAAGACGUUCGCGUCUGGCAUCCAGGUGAAUAUCGGCCACCACCACUUCUUCCGGCACAUGCGGAUGCAGUAG